GUCGACAACUUCUCCCAUCCAACCAGCUCGCCGUCGCGACCAAGCCAUCAAGAUGCCGAGCCACAAGACCUUCCGCACCAAGCAAAAGCUUGCCAAAGCUCAGCGUCAGAACCGCCCCAUCCCCCAGUGGAUUCGUCUGCGCACCGGCAACACCAUCAGAUACAACGCCAAGCGACGACACUGGCGCAAGACCCGCCUGGGUAUCUAAACGCCUCCCAGGCCCGUCUUUGUACCCAUCUACGCCCUCGAGAUUCCCGUUCCCCGAUGUUGUGUUGGAUAUGAAGAUUAUGACGUGACGCCCGCCCCCGAAAAGAAUCUUCCAAUCCCUCGACUUGGUCGCGCUAGUUUGAUGGAACUGCACAAGUCUGCAACUGUCCCCCGGGUGUAUUCGACAAGCCGAAGUGUUAUCCGACUUGACCUGAUUUUCCCCACGAUUUCCAAGGGGAGAUGACGCCCACCGAGGCACAGUGCAAAUGAUAUUAUGAAUGUUGGGAUGGAGUGGUUACGGGUGUUUGGGCAGCAUUUUCACCGGAGAUCAGGUUUCCGAUGGCGAGAGGGUUUUCCUUAUUAAAAAUCUGAUGGAAUCGAAUUGACGUCCCUUUUGUCUUGGACUUGCACUGCUGUGUUGCA